AUGGAAGAGGCGGAGAGAGUUACCGCUGAAGCCGACCGUCGAGAGGCAGCGGAGGAGAAAAAGAAGGCAGAGGCAGAUCGUGAUUCCGACAGAGAGACCAGUUCCGAUAAAUGGUAUCGCGAUGGAAUUCCAUCAGAUGACUCUGAUGCUGAUUCGGAACGCGACGAUGAAGGGGCUUCGACUCCAAAUCGUGCUCGUCUGAAAGGUAUCCCCGAGAUGAUCAAGAUGCCGGAGCAUGCCAAGUCCAAGGCACCACGCAUAACGGAUGGCAGGACGUGGAUGACUCCCGAAAUUCUCUUGGCGCUCGUGAAGAGAGUCGGCUUCUCGGGUCGUAUCGAGUUUCGGAUUCCGAAGGAACACGAAAGGCCUUAUGACGCUCCGCCGGGAUGA